AUGGCACACAUACAGCACUGCCAGUCCUCCAGAGAAGCGGAGAAGCUGCUUGACAAACAUGAAGCUGCAUGAGAUAUGGCGCGCACCCCGCCAUCUCGAGGGUGAAUCACGAUCGAGAGCAGAGCCUCAUCUCGGCAAUGUGGAGAGAUAUAAGAGGACAGUCGAUCACAGGGCCAGCACAUGUGAUAUUGAAUACUGUACCUUAGAAUGUCCAACAACCAGCCACAGUGGACCUGGAGUCCAGAGCACAACGACCACUACUAUGUUUCGCAAGACAGUAAUGGACAGUACAUCUACACGUGGGCUUCGAGUGUCUCUGCAGCUCCUCCAGCCUCAGCUCCUCAAGCAGCAGCAUCGCAAAUUGCAACCCCUCAAGCCGCGCCUUCGGUCGCUCGAACAGAUUCUGUAGCAGACGGAGAUAUCAGUCCGCCUGCACCCGUGCCGUGGGAAACCAGGGCAACCCUGCGGAACUUUAUCGCUGGCACGCCGGACAAGGGCUGGUAUGAUGGUCUCGAUCAAAGCUAUCGUAUGCGCACCGGAGCCGAGGCUCGGCAGUUCUUCAAAAAAGGAAGAGUGUUCGCCACACUGUACACAGAACCUACGGGCGAGACUGCACAGCCGGAUCCCUGGAAUGAUGCCUACACUACAGUAAAGUUUGGGCAGUCAGUGUACACUCAGAUCAGACGCUUUGUCGUUGUUUCUGUUCGGAAAAACUUUGUCUACGCUCUCGCCAUUGCCACAUAUGGAGGACGCGGCACCCUGAAGCGCGGCUGCAAUCCUGGCGAACAUGCAGUCAUCUUCAACUCGAACGUUGAUCCGAACGCUUGUUAUCUUCCGGGUGAAUACGAGAAAGGUCUGUACAAGGACCCUAUCGAAGUCACCCCACCGUACCCAGCAGAUGACAGUUCGUAUCUGACAUCGGCGUCCCGCAUUCGAUUCGGCAAGGCGUACGCUAUCGAGUGGAACGUCAAGGUGAAGGAUAUUGGUACGGUGGUGAGCUCGGACAUGCCCAAGCUUCUUCGGUACUACGAAGACGAGGAUCGUGAGGUACAGUAGAGGGACCGUCAGGCUCGUAUACGUUUUCAUAUCAGACUGAUACAACGUUCCAUCUCUAAAACGUUUGCUUUACGCGUAACAUAUUAACGGCCGCCCUACGCUCUACUCGUAGUUAUCGACAACUACGUGCAGCUUUUCCAUAGGUUCGCCUAUCUUCUUGUCAGAGUAUCUGAGUUAUGUUUCUUACGUAAAUACGUCAUAUAGCUCAAAUUAUAACUU